UUCACGUGCUUCAUGCUCAUUUGGCUGUGUACGAGUAGCGCAAUUUGUCCAUCCCAUUGUUCUUGUGCGUUAGACGAAAGUGGUCGAAAGAAAACUGCUUGCAUAGAGGGAGGGAUGAUGGAGUCUCUUCCCGUAAAGGAUAUGGAUUCGGGAAUGGAAGUGCUCGAUAUAUCUGCACCCGAAAGUAAUUGGAAUUCGUUAACAAUAGGUCCAGUGUUCCAGAAAUUUAAAACAUUAGAGGAAAUUCGAAUAACGAGAUCGAGCGUUGUCCAGAUUGGUAUGCAUUCCUUUUGGGGCGUACCGACCGUAAAGGUUCUCGAUUUGGCAUUUAAUAACAUAACCGCAGUGUUUGAUCACAAUUUUCGGGGCCUAGUGAAUUUAGUCGAACUAUAUUUAAAUGAUAAUUUAAUUCAGAGAUUAUCGAGUGACGUGUUUAAACAUUUAACGGAAUUACGAAUAUUAACGUUGGAACGCAAUCGUAUCGAGGAGCUUGUGCCUAGAAUAUUUGCGAGGCUGUCUAAACUGCAAGUGCUAAAGCUUAGUGAAAAUAAAUUAAUGGAGCUAUUGCCUGACGCAUUCAAGGAUAUUUUGGAGUUGCGAACUCUGGAGUGCAGAGGGUGCGGGUUAAGUAGGAUAAACACACAGAUCUACCACCUCCUGCCUUAUCUAACACAUUUAGACUUGGGAAACAACAGAAUGCAGUUUAUCGCAUCCGACGAGUUUCAAGAUUUAAGACGAAUACAUUCAAUUAAAUUAGAUGGUAAUAUGUUUCCUGUGGUGCUCGAGAAGACGUUCGUCAAUCAAGGCGAGCUGCGAACGUUGUGUUUAGCGAGGAACCGACUGGCGAAGAUAACCAACACUGCCUUUUUAAACCUAAGUAAAUUAUACGAACUGGACAUUAGCUAUAAUAAAUUAAAUCGCGUGGAAGGUGUAGCGUUUCAACCGCUCGCCGACUCGCUACGAAAACUAUCAGUAAGUGGCAAUCAAUUUUCGGAAGAAGUUCUUCGAAUUAUACUGCAAACAGCAAUAAAACUUCAACGAUUCGACAUUGCCGAUAUAGGAAUUAAUCAUUUUCCGGACGGAAUCUUUCCCGACCAUCUAAGAUCGUUAAAUUUAUCCGGGAAUAAUUUAACCGAAAUAGGAAUAAAAGUUUUACCUCAGCAACUUGUUGAGCUGGACAUUUCAAGAAAUAAAUUUCGCGGUUUAGAUGAGCACGUCGUGCUGAGGCUAGAGCAGUUGAACACUCUUAGAGUAGAAAAUAAUUCGUGGUCUUGUGACUUGUGUAACAUGAAAACGGUAAUAAUGAGAAUAAAUAAAAGUGUCUCCUUUCGAAAUGCCACUUGUGCCUCGCCCGCUAGACUAAAAGGACUUAAAAUGGGUACGUUAAGGACUGAGGAUGUGACGGACUGUUCGGACGACGACGAUUUUGAGAGAGACGGUUUCUUUGUUUUCGUCGAAGAUAAUUUGGUGAUUUUAAUUGGUGGUGCCGGUUUAUUUCUGUUUUUAGUCGCGUGCGUAACAUUCGUAGUUUACUCGUGCUUGCAAAGGCAAGUCGUUCGCGUAGAUGAUGAAUUGAAACGCGAGAGUGAGAGAGAAGCUGUGUUUGAGAACCCAGCGGCUAUCUUCGGAGAUAAAGCAGAAAUCAGCUUUAAGUUCUCGUUAGAUUUGACGGAAAGAAAAGUAUCGGUCUCAACAAUCGAUGAGAUCAAGAAAGAUACGCAACUCUACAGCCUUCCCAACGGCACUGGAAUUGGAAUAUGAAGUUUUCGAAGAUUGUGUUCUGUGCGCGCUAUAAUAAAAUACAUUCUGUUGACAAAAACCGCAAGGGACCUUUGCUAUAUGUCAACUGUGUUUCAGUCAACCAAUGUACAUUUAACGUCCUCGUUCUACUUUUUAGGUCGAUAAAACGCACAUAUCGUUGUUAUAAGAUGUGUUUUUUGCAGAUAAUGACACCAUUAUUGAGUCAUAUCAAUCAAGGAUGCAUUUGAUAUGCGUUA